GUGAAUGAGUGAGUGACAGCAGAGGAAACAAUCCGUGCCACUCACUCUGCUCAGCCAGGACUCCCGAGGAAGUAAUUGCAAAAUGAAGACUGCUUUAAUUUUGCUGGGCAUUUUGGGAAUGGCUUGUGCUCUCUCAAUGAAAAAUUUGCAUCGAAGAUUCAAAUUAGAAGAUUCUGAAGAAAAUGGGGUCUUCAAGUACAGGCCACGAUAUUAUCUUUACAAGCAUGCCUACUUUUAUCCUCCUCUAAAACGAUUUCCAGUUCGGGGAGGUAGUGACUCUUCUGAAGAAAAUGGAGAUGGUGACAGUUCAGAAGAGGAGGAAGAAGAGGAGACUUCCAAUGAAGAGGAAAACAAUGAGGCUUCCAAUGACAAUGAAGAUGAAGACUCUGAGGCCGAGAAUGCUACAAUCUCUGCUACAACCCUUGUCUAUGGAGAAGGGACCACUCCUGGAAGAGGGGAUGUGGGGUUAGCUGCAAUCCAGCUGCCCAAGAAGGCUGGGGAUCUAGAAAACAAGGCUGCAAAAAAGAAGGAAAGUGAUGAAGAGGAGGAGGAAGAGGAAGAAAAUGAAAAUGAAGAAAGCGAAGCACAAGUGGAUGAAAACGAGCAAACUGUGAAUGGCACCAGCACCAACAGCACCGAGGUGGACAACGGGAACGGAAGCAGUGGGGGCGACAACGGGGAAGAAGGUGAGGAAGAAAAUGUCACUGGGGCCAGUGCAGAGGGAACCACAGCGAAUGGGCAGCAGACGAGUGGCGCCUCUAAGACAACCAGCUCUCCAAACGGAUUUCAGCCUAUGACUGCACUAUUAGUAGCCUACGGGACCACCCCCCCACCAUUCGGAAGACCCACCACGGUCGAGUAUGGCACAGAGUAUGAACAAACAGGCACCGAAUAUGACAAUGGAUAUGAAAUUUAUGACAACGAGAACGGGGAGCCGCGAGGGGACAACUACCGGGCCUAUGAGGAUGAAUACAGCUACUACAAGGGGCGUGGCUACGAGGGCUAUGAUGGUCAAGAUUACUACUACCAUCAGUGAAGGCCCCUCCUGGGGUGAAUUCUCCAUUCUGGCAUUGCAUCUGGUUACCAUUUUCAAAGUUCAACUCAGGAAGGUGCAAUAUAACAAAUGUGCAUAUUAUAAUGUGGAAUGGUGCUACUGUCCCAGAGUGAUUUCUGUCAUUGCUUCUGCAUGUAACAGGCUUCUUUUUUAUUUUCCCUGGUGUGUCACUAAGGGUUAUUGUAAAUCAGGGCCUUGUAUCAAGCAAUACCCCCAUCUAUGAGCUGGAACUAGAUGGACUGCUUUGAGGUUGUAGCUCUAUACACAGUGUUUGUAAUGCUUUUGCACAAUUGCUAAUUGCCUAAACAUGCUCUUUGUAUAAGAAGUGCUUUAAAGACAGAUGUGCUGACAUUAAUGACACUGUAUGCUACAAAUUGUGCAGUUCCUUUAUCACACUACCUACCCAACACUGUAUAUUAGACUUAAUUCUCAUCUUUAUAUAUGUGACCUGUAUGGGUUUUAUCAGAAAUAAAGUUGCAAACCUCAGACUGUGUUAUGAUUAAAAGGAAAAGGUAAGCGCUUUGGAAUACAUAUAGGUGCAAAGAUGGGGAG